GUUUUCCCAUGGAACAGCCCCUCCUCCCUGCGAGAACCAGGCUUACCCUCAGGUGCAAGAAAUCUUUUAAGAUUUUUUUUUUUUUUCUGGGUUUGUCUAAGCGAGCCAAUGAAGUCCCUCCCCUAUAGAUCAGUGUUAUAAUACAAAGCAGUAAAAGCGCUUGGCUCACACAAGCGGCUGCAGCUCGACCAGAGAUCCCAUGUCUUUUAAUUCCCUCACUACUUUUUUUUAAACCUUCCUUCGAUGUGCCCCGUUAUUACCAUCUUUCCGAGGCGCUCAUUUCCGCACCUGCCGCGGCUCAGACACCAGGCGACGGCUGCGUAGAGGAGGAGACAAGGAAAUAAACGAGAGGCAGACGGCAGAGAGACAGCAGCAGCCCCGCGUUUGACAUCUUAAAGGACAUAAAAAAAAAUGCUGCUCUGGACCAGAAUCGCGCUGCUGGCUCUCAUCUGCUUCUCCUUGCUGUCCUCCGGGAUGGGAUGCGGACCGGGCAGGGGCUACGGCAGGAGAAGACACCCGAAGAAGCUGACACCUCUUGCGUACAAGCAGUUUAUCCCCAACGUGGCGGAGAAGACCCUCGGGGCGAGCGGCAGAUACGAAGGCAAGAUCACGAGAAACUCCGAGCGAUUUAAAGAGCUGACUCCAAAUUACAACACAGACAUCAUAUUCAAGGAUGAGGAGAACACCGGCGCCGACAGGCUCAUGACCCAGAGAUGUAAAGACAAGCUGAACUCUCUGGCUAUCUCGGUGAUGAACCAGUGGCCCGGAGUCAAGCUGCGGGUCACCGAGGGCUGGGACGAGGAUGGGCACCACCUGGAGGAGUCGCUGCACUACGAGGGCAGGGCCGUGGACAUCACCACCUCUGACAGAGACAAGAGCAAAUACGGCACGUUGUCCAGGCUUGCAGUAGAAGCCGGAUUCGACUGGGUCUACUAUGAAUCCAAAGCCCACAUCCACUGCUCUGUCAAAGCAGAAAAUUCAGUGGCGGCAAAAUCCGGCGGCUGCUUUCCCGGAUCCUCCUCCGUCACCCUGCAGGAUGGGAGCAGGAAGGAGGUGAGAGACCUCCGAGCGGGAGACAAAGUCCUGGCGGUGGACGACGACGGGAACCCGGUUUACACCGACUUCAUCAUGUUCAUAGACCGCGAACCGAACGCCAGGAGGAUCUUCUACGUGAUUGAAACCGACUCUGGCCACAAACUCACCCUGACCGCCGCGCACCUCCUCUUCGUCUCCCGCAACUCCACGGAGCGGCGCCUGUCCGCCGUGUUCGCCAGCGCCGUGCGCCCCGGCCACGAGGUCUUCGUGUUCGACGAGCGGCGGCGCCGCCUCGAACCUAAAACCGUAAAACGGAUUUACACGCAGGCGCACGAGGGCUCCUUUGCGCCGGUGACCGCGCAGGGGACCGUGGUGGUGGAUCAGGUCCUCGCGUCCUGUUACGCAGCAAUCCAAGACCACCGCCUGGCGCACUGGGCGCUGGCACCCGUCAGGCUCGCUCACUGGGUGUCCUCGUUGCUUUUCCGCUCCCAGCCGGAGGAGCGCGCGCACGAGGAUGGAGUGCACUGGUACCCAAAGGUGCUCUAUCGAUUAGGGACUUGGCUCCUGGACAGCCACUCGAUCCAUCCACUCGGGAUGUCCGUGUACCCGAGUUGAAAGACUUGGGACCAGAAAUGUAGGACACGCGAACUAUUCCGUAGUAAAAAAAUAAAAUAAUAAUAAUAAUGAAAAAACAAAAACAACCAAACAAACACCAGAAAGGCCCCAGCGGAGUUGGGAUAUUUAUUUCAGUGACUUUCCCCCAUUUGACAGAAUGAACGGAGCCUUAAAAAGUUUCUCUUUGAAUAAUUUAUUCUCGUGUGAACUCUGCUGGCGCACAGAUGGAGUCUGAAACAGUGUGACCAGCAAACUGUGUAUAAUCUAUUUUUGUAUAUCCUAAAUGCAAAAACGUUGGAAAAAAUGUUUAAAAAAAAAAAAGGUGCAAAGAAGAGGUAGAAAGGAGCAAACUUUGACAGGCUGUAAUGUUCAUAUAUGCGCGUACACGCGUGCGCAAAGUGACUGUUAUAUUUUGGGGGAGAACAAACUUCACGGGGGUUCCAUAAAUUAUAUUUUUAUACACAGAAUUGUAAAUUAGAUUUUGAACAGAUCGCUACCGAAUCACAUUUCGUUAUUUGAAAUAGUGUAAGAUAUGAGAAUAUAUUUUAAUUUAAAUAGUUGGGAAAAGUAUUGGAAAUCUUGUACUGCUUUAAGAAUUUUAUUCUUUUUUGUUUGUUUGUUUUUCAUUUGUCGGAAAGAGACAGAUAUUCUGCCUCAUCUGCAUUCUGUUUUUUUUUUUUUAAUUUUUUUUUUCUUCAUCUUUCGAUUUUUUUUUCACUUCUGAAAAAAUAUAUCAAAUGCAGAUUCUGACAAUUCAGUAAAAAGUAGUACUGGAACACUUUUCGUUGAAUAAAUUAACUCCUGUAAAUGUACUAAAAAAUGUAUUUUUCUUUUCAUAUUUUGUAAUAGGUAAAUAGUUUUUAUAGAAAUGACCUGCAUUGGAUGCACAGUUUGGAUAGUAUAUUAUAGCCAAGAACAAACCAGUUAACUUUCAUAACAGGGCAAAAAAAAAAAAAAAAAAAAAUGUGUCAAAAUGUCUAGAGUUUAUUAUUUAUAUGUUUAUUACAAAACGACAUAAAGAAAAUCUGAAAACUUU